AUGAGAAGGUUGGGGUUCUCAGAAGGUUGGAUAACUCUAAUUCAUAGACACAUAUCCAACAGCUGGUACUCAUUGAUAGUGCAUGGUCAGAGAUAUGGAUUUUUCAAGGCUAAAAAUGGGUUGGGACAGGGAGAACCAAUCUCCCCAUCCCUCUUUGCGCUCAGUGCAAAACUGUUGUCAAUUAUGCUUAAUAAACUGCAGCGCAGAAGGGGCUAUAAGGGCUUCUAUAUGGCAGACCAUGGACCACAAAUCAAUCAUCUUGCCUUUGCAGAUGAUAUGAUCAUAUUCAUGAGUGGGCACAAGAAGAGCAUCAGGUUGAUCAUGAAGACUUUAGCCACAUAUGAAGCAACAUCUGGGCAAAAGAUAAAUAAAGCUAAGAGUUACUUUAUGGUUGCAUCAGGGGUUCCAGUUUGGAUGAAGCACAGAAUAUCCAGAACUAGAGGAAAUAAGUUAUUGUCACCAGGAGGGAAAGCUAUUCUAAUCAGACAUGUGCGGCUGGCUAUGCCCACUCACCCGUUAUCAACCAUUAAUCCACCAAAAGGAGUCUUUACUCACUUAGAAAAGAUCCUUCAGAAGUCUCAGGGAUGUAUGCAAAGCUUUCACAAGAAAAUAUGGUGGAAUUUGAGAACUGGAGGCUCACUCUGGGGAGAUUUCAUGAAAGCAAAAUACUUUCAAGACACUCACCCAGUAGCAGUAAAAUGGAGGAAGGGUCAAUCAUUAUGUUGGAAGGAACUGUGCAAAAUCAGAGAAGAGGUGGAAGAGAAUAUAAUAUGGAUACUAGGAGAAGGACAGUUAUCAUUUUGGUAUGACAAUUGGUCAAGACAAAGAGCUUUAUUCAAAAUGAUGGAAGAAGAAGUUCACAUAGUUGAUAUCAGACUGAGAGAGGUAAUAGAAGGUGGGAUAUGGCAAGUAUUAGGUGAUGUGGAAUUACCAGCAGAAGUGGAAAGCAUACUGCACCAGCAACAGCUAGUAGUGUCACAUUGGGUGCAAGAUAAAGUAAUAUGGAUAGCAACCAGCACUGAUUCUUUCUCAGUUGCAUUAGCAUGGCAACAGUUGACACAGAAAAGAGAGGCUUCACCAAUAGGAACAAAAGUCUGGCAGAGAAUGGCACCAUUUAAGAAAGCAUUUGUGACAUGGAGGGCACUAAAUGAUAGGCUACCAACAGAUACUAAAGUGUCCAAGUUUGGUAGAAACCUAGAAGCUAAAUGCCAUUGUGGGAACUUUGGAAAAAGCAUAUGGGACAGAUUUGCUGGUAUAUUUGGAGUUCAAAUAAGGGGUUUGCAGCUUAGACAAAUGUUGCUUCAGUGGUGGAGUCACAAAACAUGGAAUAUAGUGACAACAUUCAUGGUGAAGAUGAUUCCAAUUCUAAUCAUGUGGGAAUUAUGGAGAUCCAGAUGUGCAGUCAUGUAUGGUUCAGAGACCCCUUCCAGAUACAACUCAGAAAGGGCAAUAUUGCUGGAAUUGAUAGGGUUGACAGAACAAAAGUUUGGAAAAAUCAGACUGCAAGCUUUUUGGGAAUUCUUUGAUUGA